ACGCGCGGCAGAGUGACGGACAGCCAGAAAAAACAGGAUACUACUUCAAGAACCAGUAACUCCGCACUACGAGUGGUAUCGAGUGCUAAGAUGGCCAACAGUGAAGGAAUUGAUACGUUGCCGGUGACCCAAACACAGCUGUCCCAUUAUACACAAGACUUGGAGAGUCAACCAGUCGAACCUUUGUGCUAUGGCCGGUUACUUGGCAAACUAGUGAAAACCAAAACCCUCGGUACUAAAGCUCCCAUGUACUACGUUCCUCGUGCUCCGUCCAUUGUUUACGAUAUUUCAAACAGUGAAUACCGCGUCGGACGCGACGACAAUCAGUGCGAUUUGAUUUUGAACGAAUCGCUUUUGGACAAAAGAGCACUCCUCCACCGUGUGUCGAAGGUUCACUUUGCCAUCCAGAAGGAUCUGAAUGAUCUAUCCAGCCCCACGUUUAUCACCGAUGCCUCGCGCAACGGGACCUUCGUUAACGGACGACUGAUUGGCACAAGGAAGAGAAUGGUUCUAAAGCACCUGGACGUAAUAUCCAUCAUUAAUCCCCAUGUGAAGGCUUUCGUAUAUCACGAUCUUUUCCAAUACGCAACGCCAGAGGUUAAAGCGAAGGAAUUGCGCGACAAUUAUCACAUCGGUAAAAGACUCGGCUCGGGAGCCUGUGGUACGGUGUAUUUAUUGCAUCACACAGUCAGCUGCCAACCCUUUGCCAUGAAGCACGUUAUAAAGGACCAGAUAAGCGAAAGCACCCGUCCCAAAUUCCUUAACGAUCCCAUGCGGGUGAUGAAUGAAGUUAACAUCAUGAAAAAUCUCAAUCAUCCGUGCGUUAUUAAAAUGCAUGAUAUAGUGGACAAGCCAGAUUCGGUUUACAUGGUGCUGGAAUACAUGGAGGGUGGUGAUUUGCUUACACGGAUCAUCAGCAAUAAACACCUUACUGAGAAAACGGCCAAAUUAUUCUUCCUCCAGAUGUGCCAUGCCGUCAAGUACCUGCACGAGCAAGGAAUUACUCAUCGUGAUUUAAAACCGGACAAUAUUCUACUGCAGGACGAUCAAGAGUACACCCUGCUUAAGGUAUCCGACUUUGGAUUAAGCAAGUUUGUGCGAAAGAACUCGGUCAUGCGCACAUUGUGUGGCACUCCGCUGUACGUUGCCCCAGAAGUGCUGAAAACAUCCGGCAAGGGCGCAUACACGCGCAAAGUGGACAUCUGGAGUUUGGGCGUCGUGUUGUUUACGAUGCUAAGCGGCACACUACCCUUUUCGGACGAGUACGGGACCCCCGCAGUGGAGCAAAUAAAACGAGGCAAAUUUGCCAUGCGUCAUCCAGCGUGGCGGAAGGUUUCUUCCAUGGCCAAGAAGCUCAUUUUUGACAUCCUGAACGUGAACCCCACGGCACGACCGUCGAUCGACACACUGUUGGCGAGUACCUGGUUGCGCGAUGAGGAGGUGAUUUGCGAAGCGGAGCGACUGAUGCAGGUGCCGUUGCGUGCGGGAAAGGUCCCCGUGCCGCUCGUUUCCCGUACCGCUCGGAAUACUCCUUCCGACGUAGAGAACAACAACGCUGGCCGCCAAAUGGAACCGCCAAGCAAGCGGAAGAAACUAUGAAACGCGAAACGGAAUGGGACGCUGCGAUUAGGUCCGCAGGAAGUACAAAUUUCCAGUUCAGGGAACCGUUUUUAUAUUUAUAGUACCGAUGGUUUUACAGUUUCGACGGAAUCGUCCUUUUUUAUAUCUGUCGAUUGACUUUAACCGAAUAACUAAGUGUCAUGUUGGAUGAUUUUUACACGUAUACUCUGUGCAUUUUGAACUUACAUUCCCUGUCGAUUCCACGGUACAUCAUGUGCUUUAACUUACCUGCUACCUAAAUAGCGUAUGUGAAUUCUCUCUGCCAAAGUAUUACCCACCCAGUACGGCCAAGGAUUCUACAGAGAUUCUAGUGGCGUGUUCCAUUCCGUUCGCUCUGAACCUGACUCAACGGCUAUAAAUUCGUGUUAAACUAAAUUUUACACAUUAAGUUCAGCUUAACGGUAAUGCUCUCUCACUAUUGUUUCGCACUAAUGUACAUUACACGUUAACUAUUUUUGCCAGGCGCCUUUCGUAUACGCGUUAGAAGAAACGGACCUCUGAACUAUUAUGACCAUGACUACAGUCAAGCGACUGAAUUUCUUUUUCACAGCAUAUCGAAUUAGUUGAACUUUGAAACUCAAAAUAGGUCGUGUGUUUCGCUAACGUUAAGUAUUGAUUUGAUUCAAUAUCAAAGAUUUUAUACUUGUUAAUAAUUGAAAAAUCUGGGUAAAGAUUUUUGUUUUGCCCCAAGUUAAUAGGAUUUACGAUAUACAAGUAACAUAUUGAAGAGUGAGUGUUUGUCUCUUUUUAUAAAAAGAAAAUAAAUGUGAUUGAAUUGAC